ACCUGAACACGUGUCGGAUCGCAAAAAGCGAAAACCCUCGACGAACCUUUCCCGUGUGUGUCCGUUUGGUGAUAACAUCUUCACCACACCACUUCACCAUUUCUGUAUCAUUCCGACAAAGCGCUUGAUGGAAUGGGUGACCCGUAGGGUGGCAUAAUCGCGUGGUGUUUGGGUACGUUUUUUCUUAUUCGCCUUGUAUUUCAAAGAAAAUCGUUUCUUAGAUGUUCUUGCGUGUUGGCGUGGAUGUGGAACGCGCUUUUCACCGAAAUUUCACAGCCGUAUUGAGCGAACUAAUCAGGACCAGCUUUUCGUCUGGUGUUUUCCGCCUCGCUUUGCCGUCGUAGCACAGUGGUUUUGUGGCUGAAAGCGAAAAUCAUCAUAUCAAUCGGAGUUAGUGAGUCUUAGUGGAAUAGCUGGUGGUUAGUGGUUUUACAAAGUGAAUGGAUUCCGAUGAGUAUUGCGAAUACGUGAAGCAUGGACAACGAAUAAAAAGCUCUAAUUUCAACGCACGAGUAACUCCUUUCUGGGAAAAAAGGUUUACGCGAGAAGAGUAUUUUUUGUGAGGAUAAAGUGAAAUUUUCAAGUAAACACGACGUACCCGAACUGCUUCUGUUUAUAACCCACUUGACCUGAUGAGCAAGCGAAAGCGAGUGGCCUGACAGCGGCGAUUUCGGGGAAAUUUAUGGGCCCGUAAACGAUGGGUACGAUGUUUAUUGAAAAUUCAGAUCCAGCCUGCGAGGGUUUUGUCGACGCUCCGGUCCGAACGGUCAACGGCCAGUGGGAUCACCGUUCCUUGGAUGUUGGAAAAGAAAACCGAAUCGUUCGGUCGUAAAAGAAUAAAUGUCCCGGAAAUUAUAGCCCCACUUCGCCCCCUUAACGCACUAACGCAUCAACUGGGACAGAAAGCCGGAGGCUUGAAAUAAGCUCCAACACUUUUCGAAGGAUUUGGUACAGAACGAAACGGAAUAAGUGAAGUGCAACGGUUGAAAGUUGGGAUCUUUCUGGAAAACAAAUUAGUGAGGCUCACCCGAGUCGGAGGGAUUCACUUGCCUGGUUUUGAAAAUAUGAAAUGAGGGUGACGGUUACGGUACAAUAAUACUUGCAAGUAUCGGCUUUAAACAUGAACGUGUGCAUUUGUGAACGGAAGUGUUAUUCUCAGUCAAUCACUAGUGGAAUUUGUGCGCUUGAUGUUUGAAAAUUAGUUUGAAUGUGAUUGAAGGGAAUUCAUAUACGUUGGCAAGCGUUAAUCCAAAACAGAAACAGCUCUUGGCACGAUAAAGGAGCACGCGUGCGGCGCAUUCAGGAUACGGCCACACAUAUCAGCAUCAGCAUCAUCAUCAUCACCAUCAUCAACAGCAACAACAGCAUGGAAACGCUGUACACCAGCCACAUCCACGGAUUUCCACCGGCCGCGAAUGUAUCGUACGGAACGCUGAGCACGACCUGGGGCUCCCAGGGUGGACUGAUAGCACUCGGAGUCGUACUGGGAAGCUCCGUCAGUCUGGUGGGGCUGGCGUUCGCUUUCAUCACGUACAGCUUAUUUUCCGACCUGAAAUCGCUGGCAGGCACAGUCCUGCUCAGUCUGCUAGCGUCCCUCUUCAUGAGCCAGCUGCUGUUCGUGAUCGGCGUCGGAGGCGUUCAGGACACCGAACUUUGCCUGUCGCUUUCCCUGGCGCUUCUGUUCAUGAAACUUGCCUCGAUGUGCUGGCUGUGCUGCUGCUGUCAUCACGCACUGGUUCUGUUCCGGUCCAACACUAAUCUCAACCCAAAUCCGGAGCCGGACAUGGGUCGAGCCUUAGCACAUUACAGCCUGCUGUCCUGGGGCUUCCCCCUGCUGAUGCUAGGUGUGGCCGCUGCCUUCAAGUACAAGGAACGGGACGUGCAGGUAUCUGGCGCCCAGGUCAUAGCACAGAUCGUGCACGACCUCAACGGAGAUAGUCACUGUUGGCUCAUGGAAGGAUCGGCGUACGUUUGGGGCUUUCUGGUGCCGGCCAUUGUGCUGCUCUUCGCUGGCUUCUACCUUGCCUGCCAGGGUGGUGGGGCGGUUAAGAUUGCUGCCGCCCUCCAGGUGGACUCACGGACUAAAAAUAAACUGGUGAAAAAGCGAGGACUUCAGAUUGGACUGUUCUUCAAGAUCCUGAUCAUCCUUUCAACGGUGGUGUUUCUGGGAGCGAUUGCAUCGAUGUGGAAUAUUGUUGAGCUCUGGUCGGUGUACAGCAUCGCACAGGGCACACAGGGACUGGUGAUAGCGAUGCUGGUGUCCUGCAACUGUAAAGUGCUAAAACUGUACUCAGCCCCGCACAGCCAGAAGUCGCGCCGCGGCCCCUACCGUAGCCUGAAAGACGGCGAGGGUGGCCGUUACGGUGUCAUAUCCGUUACAAAUCCCAACUACGAAGACAUUCCGCCGGUGGUGCUGGUUCCGCUAUCGUCGCCACCACCAGCACCAGCGCCAGCACAGAUUUUCAACCCAUUCGUAGAACCGGCGGAGGAUAGUGGCUCACCGGCCCACAGCUACGUCAAGAUGAGCUACCGGGAGAGAAACUUUGUCGAGCGAAACGAUUGCGUGGUCCCGUCGGCUUUGGAUUGUGCCUUCAGCGGGGAACUGUCGACUUCGCUGGCGAUCGAGGAAAUCCCGCGCAGUCCGCUGCCGACUUCGGUGUGAAAUCGUGGCGAACGGUAAACCGAAUGGACGGGGUACGGGUGUGUUUGCUUAGUUGAGACAAUAACUAUCGUUGGUUGGAGGACAGUUGAGUAGGAAUGGGCGUGACGGUGAUAAAAACCUAUACAUAUUCGGAAUAUACAUAUAUCAACACUUAUUUAACCUAGGCCAUAUCAGAAGAAAGCGCUGUUCGAUGCAGCGAAUAUCAACGGCAAUGUUUAGUGAACAAUGUUGAACAUGAAAUUUUAAACAAAUGAGACAUAUUUUAACAGCUUAGUGUACUGUAAGAAGCUCGUUUGAGUAAUUUCUAGGAAAAGAAAAGUAGGAAUAUUGAGUAGAAUGUGAUCUAAUGCUAGGCAUAUGAGUAUGUACACAAAAUUCUAAAAUCGAAAUGAAUACAAAAAAAUGCUAGAAGAAAGUAUCAAUAAGUACAACUGGAGAAGUGAGGCAUCGUCAAAAGUUUAACCUAAUGACACGCAUCUUAUGGAUAAUCAACAGUUAUGCAGAAAAUAAAAAACAAUGGCUAUACAUUAAACUU